UUAAUUUAAAGGAUUUGCUGCCAAGAAUGUUCUCUUUGUAUGAACAUACCAUGAGUGAAGAUUCUGGUAAACACAAACAACUUCUCCAGAAAAUGAUUCCCAAGAGCUCUGGGAAGAGCUGGUUUAGUUACUUUAAAUACGAUGAAGAAAGGGACUCACCGAGCGACGCUAGAAAUAUUUUGCUAAUAAUAGCGGCGCUGAUUGCCGCCGCAACCUUCCAAGCUGGGGUUAACCCUCCUGGUGGUGUUUGGCAAGAUAACGGCGAUGGACAUAUUGCAGGAAGAGCAAUUUUCGCGUCUCAAAAGCAUGCUUUUUAUGUGUUCUUGAUAUCAAACACCUUGGCCUUCUCAACUUCGAUCCUUGUCCUGGUAUCUCUCACUUAUAGAUUCCCUUUCCAUUUUGAAAUAUGGAUUGCUACGAUUUCGAUGAUUGUGACUUAUGGAUCGGCAGUUUUUGCUGUUACGCCUCAUGAAUCUGUGCAUUUUCGCUAUUUGUUGAUCACAGCUGCUGUGCCUUUUGUGAUUAGGUGUUUGAUUCAGGCGUUCAACAAAUGGGAAGAUAGAAUUCUGAAUAAGAAUGAAAGUCAUUAGUGUUAAUUAGUGAAUGGUGUUU